CUCAUUUUUCAUCAUGCAGCAUGAUAAUUCAUUUUAUAUCAGACAAGUCUAUGGCCUACGGUGAGAAGGUCAUCUUUGUCGCUAUGGAUCAGUAUAUUUUGUCAAAGACAGAUGCUUUUUUUCUUGUAAUGACAGCUGUUAUGCUGCGUAAAAAGAAAAAAAAUAGAACAAGGCGAUGGUCAAAAGAGUGGUACUUGUUAAGGCACCGAUUUACGCACGAACAUUUACAAAGAGCGCUUGUUGAUACAGAACCAGAUGAUUUUAAAAACUUUCUAAGAAUGGAUGAAGCAACGUACGAGUAUUUGCUAUAUUUAAUAAGACCUAGAAUUGAGAAGCAGGAUACUGUAAUGCGACAGGCAAUACCUGUAAAUCAAAGACUAAGUGUGACACUUAGAUAUCUAGUAUCAGGUAUGGAUCUAGAGGAUUUAAAAUUUACUUGUGCUAUAGCUCCGUGCACACUCGGAGGUAUUAUAAUUGAAACUUGUGAAGCGAUUAUAGCAGCAUUGAAAGAAAACAUCCAGGUUCCCAGAUCAUCGGAAGAGUGGUGCAGAGUUGCCGAAGGAUUCCAAAAUCGAUGGAAUUUCCCUCAUUGUAUAGGCAGUGUUGAUGGCAAACAUAUAAAUAUUCAGAAGCCAGCUAAUUCAGGAUCAUACUAUUAUAACUAUAAGCAAUCCUAUAGCAUUGUCCUUAUGUCUAUAGUAAACUCUAGCUAUGAAUUUAUGAUGGUUGAUGUUGGAGCAAAUGGUAAAGUGUCAGAUGGAGGCGUUUUAAAAAAUACAGAAUUCUGGGACAGGUUUUCAUCAAAUCAACUAAAUAUCCCACAACCCUCAGAAUUACCAUCAACAAACCAAACGUUACCCUACGUCCUCAUUGGCGACGAAGCAUUUCAGCUCACCUCAAAUUUCAUGAAACCAUAUAAUCAAGCUGUUUUAACAGACGAGCGCAGAAUCUUCAAUUAUAGAUUAUCUCGAGCACGGAUGGUUGUUGAAAAUACAUUCGGGAUUCUAACAACGAGAUUUAAAAUAUUUAAACGAAAUAUUACCCUGCCUCCACAAAAAAUGAGAAAAAUUGUACUGGCUUGCUGUCAUUUGCAUAACUUUUUAUCAAAGAGAAGAAUAAAUUAUAUUAGACGUGACGAUGUAGACUUCGAGGAUACACAAACCGGAACAAUAAUUCCGGGGUCUUGAAGAGCAGAUACGGUAACAACCUUGCCUUUACAAAAUUAUAGAGGGAACUCAGCAGUGGAAGCAAAAAGAAUUCGCGACAUUUUUUGUGAAUA